AUGGUGGUGCCGUGGCUUAUUCUGAGUAAAAUUGUAUCUGCCCGUUUUUUUUCUUUCUAUCUAUCUAAAUUUGUCCAUAUUUUCCUUCUUUCUCUCUCUCUCUCUCUCUCUCUUUCUCUGUCGUUAAAAAUAUUAAAAUACAUCUAUCUAUCUAUCUAUCUAUCUAUCUAUCUAUCUAAGCUUCUCGAUUAUCUAUCUGUCUCUGUGGAUUACGUUUGUCUAUUUCAUUCUGUUCAUAUCUAUCUAUCUAUCUAUCUAUCUAUCUAUCUAUCUAUCUAUCUAUCUUUUUUUACUUUCUAUCUAACUUUCUUAAUUUCUUUCUAUCUAUCUAUCUAUCUUUCUUUCUAUCUAUCUAUCUAUCUAUCUAUCUAUCUAACUUUAUUUCUUUCUUACUUUCUUUCUUUCUAUCUAUCUUUCUUUUUUACUUUCUUUCUAUCUAUCUAUCUUUCUUUCUUUCUUACUUUCUUUCUAUCUAUCUAUCUUUCUUUUUUACUUUCUAUCUAUCUAUCUAUCUAUAUAUCUAUCUAUCUGUCUUUUUUUCUUUCUUUCUAUCUUUCUUUUUUACUUUCUUUCUAUCUAUCUAUCUUUCUUUCUUUCUUACUUUCUUUCUAUCUAUCUAUCUUUCUUUUUUACUUUCUAUCUAUCUAUCUAUCUUUCGUUUUUAAUUUCUAUCUAUCUAUCUAUCUUUUUUACUUUCUAUCUAUCUAUCUAUCUAUCUAUCUAUCUAUCUAUCUAUCUAUCUAUCUAUCUAUCACGCUAUUUUUGUUCUUUCGUCGACUUUACAAUUCUUUCACUUAUUUAUUUCUCCCGUAUGUAUUUGUCUCUAUUCCUAACCUGCUUGCUUUACUUAUAUUUAUAAACCACAGCCAUAAUUGCUUUCUUUCUGUUGGUUUGAUUUUGAUUAUUAACCCUCUCUUUCUUUUUUUCUUUCUUUCUUUUUUUCUUUCUUUUUUUCUUUCUUUCUGUCUUUCUUUCUUUCUUCAGUUAUUGUUUCACCGUAUUCCUCAGUUCUGUUUCCAAAAGCGUCCCCGCUCAUCCUCCUUUAUAGAAUUGCCUUUCGAGACAUAUUUCUUUGCUGCGAUUGGUUGA